AUGUUACCCGAAGAAAUCAUCGCGCAACUCAAUGCCGAGUUUCAGUGUCGUGAACAGCUCAUUCAGCACCUUGCAGCUCUUUACAGCGCACAUCUCCCGUCAACAUCCUUCCUCAACAUCCAUGGUCUGACGGCAACGGGGAAAUCGUCUAUUCUACGCUCCUACUUUCAUCUCUCGCAAAUACCCCAUGCAAUCAUCAACGUACGCGAAUGCAUAACAGCGCGCCAUCUUCUCGAGCGCAUGGUCGCAGCUAGUCUCGAUGCGCUUGAUGAGUUCAACGAUGAGACAAUUGAUAGGAGACCAUACGCGCGCACAGAGAAUCUAAGCGCGCUAUGUGUCAACAUGAGCAGGUUAUUGGAAGGGAGGGCCAAGUUUGUGCUUAUCCUGGAUGGGAUGGACAAACUGCGAGAAGGGGGAGGGACCUUGAUCUCUGCGCUGGCGAGAUUAGGGGAAAUGAUACCGAAUCUCUCGCUCAUACUCACUACAACCCUCGCACUUACGCCUUCCAUCCUCCACUCCUCAUCCGCCUCCUUUCUUCAUUUCCCAUCAUAUACGCGCAACGAACUACUCGCCAUCUUAGGUUCAAGUCCACCCGAGAUCUUCCUUCAAGCCCCGUCUCUAGAACAGUUCCCCGAUUACACACCCGAUCUCGCCGCCGAAGACGACGCAUGGCUCUGGGGCCGCUUCCUCCAGGCCGUGUACGACUCUCUUUCAAAGCACACAGGGCGGGACCUCAUCAGCUUCAAGAGCUGUGCCAUGCGACUCUGGCGACCUUUUGUCGAACCCGUAGUGUCUGGUCAAUUCGGCACGCGAGACUUCUCACGCCUCAUGGUCAACCGACGCCAUCUUUUCCAACUCGAAGACUCGGUAUUAGACCGCAUCAUAUCCACCACCUCCACCGAGCCAACGAUAAAUGACCCCACAUCCAUACCCACAACCCCGAGUAAAAAGAAGCCCGCAAACGUGACCGCGCACACACUCCCGUACUUUACAACACACAUCCUCAUAGCUGCAUAUCUCGCAUCGUACAACCCUUCUCGCACAGACGUUACAUACUUUAUGAAGCAUACAGAUAAGCGCAAGAACAAGCGUCGCGCUCCUUCUGCCGCCUCCUUCAGUGUAACGGGGAAGCGUUCUGGAACUAAGCAUAGGAAGAUUAGUCGGCAUCUCCUCACACCCAGUCCGUUCACUUUGGACAGAUUACUAGCGAUAUUCAGAGCGUUGUUAGAAGGAACGGUGCCCCAGAGGGCGGUGGACGAUGGAGAGUGA